AGUUGUCAUGGGUUUAUAUUAAAGGUAUCAACGGUUUGUAUUACGGGUGUCACGGGCUUGAGCGUAGAAAAUUAAACAUAUAAUUUUAAAUUUCUACAACAAAUGUUGGCUUUUAGCAAGAAAAAAUUUUUUAACCAGUCGACGAAUUGCCUACAAUUAUUAUAAAUCAUCAAUAGUUUAUUUGCUUUUCAAACCAAGUUAACAACAAUUACCUACUUAAGAAACUGGCUUUUAAAGUUUUAAGUAUACAAGACACGUAUAAAUUCAGUAAUAAAUAAGAUACCACAAGUUUUUAAAAAUUACCACGGAUUUUUAAAUCAUCCGUGUGCCCGUGUCUCCUUGGGAACGUGUGAAUAGUCACAGCCAUGUUGAAAAUAUCAACCAAAUUUAAAAUAUACUAUAGGAUCGAGACCAUUCACCAUAACUAAGUCCGUGGCACUUCUUCUUUUCAUAUGUACAGGUUUAAUCAGUAUCAGUAAUAUAACCAAUCAUGAUUGUACACUUGAACGAUUUAGCUUGAAACCAAUAAAAAAAUUGUUUAACGUAUUAUUAAAAAUUUUAAGCUGAGUUGGUAACCACCUCCGUAUAUAAAGGUUAUCUAUGGUUUUCACAGUACGCUUAUUCAGUCGUUCAAUGAGUAAAGUGAGGUGUGGAAUAGCGCAAAUCAUGAGGUUUGUCAGGUGCUAAAUCAUAAUAACAAAAAAAAUUUACAUCAUAAUGUAAAUUCUAUUGUUAAAAAAGCAAGAUCAAAAUGCCGGUAUUAAAUCACUAUAAGAUUGUGUACAUUUUAAUACAUACUUUAUACACAAUAUUUUAUUAUCUCUGGAGAUUAUCUGUUUUUAUAUCGAAAUUAGCAAUUAGGAUUAUAUAUUCCAAUUUUAAUCACAAUGAUAGACCUGACCAGUUACAGAAAAGACUGUUUAAUUUAUCAAAAAAGCCUCUACAUUUAACUAUAAUACUGGAUUUAGAAGAGUAUUCACUAUAUGAUUUAGCUAAUCUUAUAUUUUGGUGCCUAACUGCUGGAAUUCCAUUUAUUAGUUUUUAUGAUGAUAAAGGUAAUUUAAAAAAGCAAGAAGAACACUUACAGCAAAUAGUGAAUUUUAAUAAACUAGAUAACUGCAACAUAAUAUGGCACACUCAAUCGGGAAUGCAGCAUAAAAAUGGUUUUACAGGCCAUAAAAUUCAUGUUAAAAUCUUAACAGAAGAAGAUGGAAGACAGUGUAUAGUUAAACUCAUAAGGACCUUUGCAUUAAGCAAAGAAAUAGACAUUAAUACAGAAAUUAUCAGUGACUAUCUUUUAAAACAAUAUGAAUUUCCAGAUCCUGAUAUGGCUCUAAUAUUUAGUAAAAAAUUUAAUAUUUCUAAGUAUCCACCAUGGCAGUUAAGAUUAACUGAAUUUUUCAAAGUUGAUGCCAUUAAGAAUGUCAACUUUUCUAUAUUUUUGCAAAAUUUAGAGAAGUACAGUAAAUGUGAACAAAGAGUGGGGAAAUGAUGGUUUCCAAAUAUAUUGUUUUGUUUUUCAUUAUAUUUAUAAAAAUUAAAUAAAUACUUUCAACUUUCUAGAAAA